AUGUUUUGAAACAUUCUUUCUUAAUUAUUAAGUGUCGUUUACUCUUUAACUUUGUGUCUUUGUUACCUUGAGCUGAAUGGUUCAAGAAGUUGUUAAUCUCGUUUAGUAUUAUGACUUAAUAAUUAGCUAAAGGAGAUGGGAAGGAGCUUUCCAUUUUUACUUGUUUGCUUCUUUAGUAGUUUGUUCAUACUGGUUAAUGGGAAUCUCGAAGGUGAUGCAUUGUAUGCUUUUAAGGAGAAAUUCACCGAUCCUACCAACGUUUUGCAAAGUUGGGAUCAGACCCUCCCAAAUCCAUGUACAUGGUUUCAUGUUACCUGCAAUCCUGAGAAUAAUGUUAUUCGAGUUGAUCUUGGAGGCGCGAAUUUGUCUGGUCAAUUAGCUCCAGAUCUUGGUCAACUUACGAAUUUACAGUCUUUGGCUCUUUAUAAUAAUAACAUCACUGGCAAUAUUCCGUCUGAGCUUGGGAAUUUAACACGGUUGUCGAGUUUGGAUCUGUAUCAGAAUCAGUUAGACGGUGACAUUCCAGCUACGUUAGGCAAGCUUCAGAAACUUCGUUCCCUGUAUGAUCUCAUAUCAUUCAUACUGAAAAUUUUAUUUUCUUCUUUUAGAUUCUUCACUAUAUGCAAAUGUACCAAUAGAUUAUCAAUUAUGAUUGUCUUGAAAAUCACGGUAUUGUUGUACUGCUGUUUCUGCAAGGAUAGUCGUCUCAAUAACAACAAGUUGAGUGGAACAAUUCCCGAUUCCUUAACUACUAUAUAUACUUUACAAGUUCUUGAUCUAUCAUUUAACCUUUUAAGUGGACGUAUUCCUGUCAAUGGAUCAUUCACGAAUUUCACGGAUCUCAGUUUCCGCAAUAAUACCCAGCUGAUAUUUCCAACUCCUGUUGGACUAGCUCCAGCACCUAAUUCGCCAUCUCCUUCAGGCGGCAACGAUAACACUGCAGCUAUUGCUGGAGGAGUUGCUGCUGGUACUGCUCUUCUUUUUGGGACCCUGAUUGCACUUGCUUUCUGGCAGUGUAGACAGCCACCAGAUCGUUUCUUUGAUUUGCCUGCUGAGGAAGACCCUGAAAAUCAUCUGGGACAACUAAAGAGAUUUUCUCUACGUGAACUACAAGUGGCAACCGACAGUUUUAGUAAAAAGAACAUUCUUGGACGAGGUGGAUUUGGUAAAGUUUACAAAGGACGGUUAACUGAUGGAAGCCUGGUGGCGGUAAAAAGACUUAAAGAGGAACGUAAAUAUGGUGACGAAUUGCAGUUUCAAAUGGAGGUCGAAAUUAUCAGUUUGGCAGUACAUCGGAAUCUACUUCGUCUAAUAGGAUUUUGCAUGACACCAACUGAACGAUUGCUCGUGUAUCCAUAUAUGGUCAAUGGCAGUGUAGCAUCAUGUCUAAAAGGUCGACCCAAUACAAAACCUGCACUUGAUUGGGCAACAAGGAAACGAAUUGCAGUAGGGACUGCACGGGGUCUUGCUUAUUUACAUGAGCAUUGUACACCUAAGAUCAUUCACCGUGACGUGAAAGCUGCAAAUAUAAUGUUAGAUGAGGAGUUUGAAGCAGUUGUUGGAGACUUUGGGUUGGCUAGGCUCUUGGACUGGAAAGCUACUCAUGUUACAACAGCAGUUCGAGGUACUAUUGGACACAUAGCCCCAGAGUAUAUAUCCACGGGGAGAUCUUCAGAAAAAACCGACGUUUAUGGGUAUGGUGUGAUGCUUUUGGAACUUAUUACAGGGCAACAGGCCUAUGAUCUUGCUCGCCUUCAGAAAGAUGAAUCGGUCAUGUUGCUCGAGUGGGUGAAAGGACUUCUGCAGGAUAAGAAGUUAGAGACACUGGUCGACGCAGAGUUAGAAGUUGAUGUUGUUAAUGACGAUGUGGAAAAAUUGGUACAGAUUGCUCUGUUGUGCACACAAGAAAUAGCAAUGGAACGACCUAGUAUGUCAGAAGUUAUCAGAAUGCUGGAAGGUGAUGGUUUAGAUAACAAGUGGGAGAAGUGGCAGAACGAUGAUAUAUCCCGGCGAAAGUUUAGCAACAUAAACACUUCAUAUCCUGAUUUUAUUCAAAUAAUUUCGAAUUACACUCCUAGCGCAGAUCAAUUGUCUGCUCCUAGAUGAUCAAGCCAUCAUGGUUUCUGAUUCUGUUAUCUCUUUUUUAUUUCUGCUUCCACCCACAUUAGGAUAUCAGUUGAACAUUCUCCAUGUCCGUACAUUGUUCAAAGCAUUAAUAUUGUAAGGGUCACAAUUUUCAUCUA